CCGGCAGGCGCUGCGCUGCUGGGGGCGCGGGCGAGGAUGGCGGCAGAGAACGAGGCCAGUCAGGAGAGCGCCCUGGGCGCCUACUCGCCGGUGGACUACAUGAGCAUCACCAGCUUCCCGAGGCUCCCGGAGGACGAGCCGGCGCCCGCGGUCCCUCUGAGGAGCCGCAAGGACGAGGACGCCUUCCUGGGAGACCCAGAUACCGACCCGGACUCGUUCCUGAAGUCAGCGCGGCUGCAGCGGCUGCCAUCGUCGUCGUCGGAGAUGGGCAGCCAGGACGGGUCGCCGUUGCGGGAGACGCGCAAAGACCCGUUCUCCGCGGCAGCGUCCGAGUGCUCCUGCCGCCAGGACGGGCUCACGGUCAUCGUCACGGCCUGCCUCACCUUUGCCACCGGUGUCACUGUGGCGCUCAUCAUGCAGAUCUACUUCGGGGACCCCCAGAUCUUUCACCAGGGCGCUGUGGUGACUGAUGCCGCCCACUGCACAUCGCUGGGCAUAGAGGUGCUCAGUAAACAGGGAUCUUCCGUGGAUGCAGCUGUGGCAGCAGCCCUGUGUUUGGGGAUCGUGGCUCCUCACAGUUCUGGCCUGGGCGGUGGGGGUGUGAUGCUGAUACAUGACAUCCGACGGAAUAAGAGCCACCUGAUUGAUUUCCGGGAGUCUGCACCAGGGGCUCUCAGAGAAGAGGCCCUGCAGAGAUCCUGGGAGACCAAGGUGGGGACCCUGCCUGGGCUCUUGGUGGGGGUUCCCGGAAUGGUGAAGGGGCUACACGAAGCUCACCAGCUCUAUGGCAGGCUGCCAUGGUCCCAAGUCCUCGCCUUCGCAGCAGCUGUGGCCCAAGAUGGCUUCAACAUGACCCAUGAUCUAGCCCAAGCCCUGGCCGAACAGCCGCCACCCAAUGCGUCUGAGCGCUUCCGUGAGACGUUCCUGCCCUCGGGUCACCCGCCACUACCUGGCUCACUGCUGCGACGGCCUGACCUGGCGGCGGUGCUGGAUGUGCUUGGCACCUAUGGCCCUGCUGCCUUCUAUGCCGGUGGCAACCUCACGCUGGAGAUGGUGGCCGAGGCUCAGCAUGCAGGGGGUGUCAUAACUGAGGAGGACUUCAGCAACUACAGUGCCCUCUUGGAGAAGCCUGUGUGUGGCGUGUACAGAGGCCACCUGGUUCUCAGUCCCCGACCCCCACACACGGGCCCUGCCCUCAUCAGUGCUCUCAACAUCCUCGAGGGCUUCAAUCUCACCAGCCUGGUAUCCCGGGAACAGGCUCUUCACUGGGUGGCAGAGACCCUGAAGAUCGCAUUAGCUCUGGCCAGCAGACUGGGAGAUCCCGUCUACGAUUCUACCAUCACUGAGAGCAUGGAUGACAUGCUCAGCAAAGUGGAGGCUGCCUACUUCCGGGGCCAGAUCAAUGACUCCCACACAGCCCCUGUCCCGCUCCUGCCCAUCUAUGAGCUAAAUGGGGCUCCCACGGCUGCCCAGGUGCUGAUCAUGGGCCCUGAUGACUUCAUUGUAGCCAUGGUCAGCUCCCUGAACCGGCCCUUUGGCAGCGGCCUCAUCACCCCCUCGGGGAUCCUGCUCAACAGCCAGAUGCUGGACUUCUCUUGGCCUAACAGGACUGCUAACCACCCUGCGCCCAGCCUGGAGAACUCGGUGCAGCCAGGGAAGCGGCCACUGUCUUUCCUGCUGCCCACUGUGGUCCGGCCAGCAGAAGGACUCUGUGGGACCUACCUUGCCCUGGGGGCCAAUGGAGCUGCCCGGGGCCUCAGCGGCCUGACCCAGGUCCUGCUGAAUGUCCUGACCUUGAACCGGAACCUGAGUGACAGCCUGGCCCGUGGCCGCCUGCACCCCGACCUGCAGACCAACCUCCUGCAGGUGGACAGUGAGUUCACAGAGGAAGAGAUUGAGUUCCUGGAAGCCAGGGGUCACCACGUGGAGAAGGUAGAUGUCUUGUCCUGGGUCCAUGGCAGCCGGAGAACCAAUAACUUCAUCAUCGGUGUGAAGGACCCUCGGAGCCCAGAUGCAGCCGGAGCUACCAUCCUGUAGAGCAGCAGGGUGGGGCGGGGGUCUCUGCUCCCCGCCUUUGCAUGUUCCUAGAGUCCCUCCUUCUCCCAGGUUUGGUCUCAGAGGGACCCCAGGGAUGCCCCAGAUCAGGGGCCAGAGGGGAUGCUUAGCAAACCCUAUCUCAGAGUAACUGGAAAAUUCUCCAUCUGGAGGCCUGUGGUGGUGGCAGUGGUGGUGAGUGUCAGUGUCCACGACCAGGCAGGCAGGACCUUGAGGAGUCAGACUAUCUGUCUGUCUCCUUUCCCUUAGCCAUGCAGGCCCUGAGCUUAGGGCUGUGCUUGCAAACCCUUCUCAAAGGUCCUCGGCACCCCAGCAUCUCCAGUUGGGCCUGACCUGGCCUUGUUUUCCAGCUCCCUUCUCCUGUCCCCAGCCUCAUUUCUUAAAUGACUAGGAUUUUUUAAAAUGGACCAUCCUAGGGAGGGGGUGCUCCUCUCCUCCUCCCAUCAGGUUGAUUUGGGGGCCUUUCAUCUGGGGUAGGCCCAAGGUGUGGGGU